CGAGCACUUCAGACAAAAGCCUGACAGUGUUGAACAGCUAUCACUGAUUGUUGUUGCCUUGCGUUGUCACUCCUGUUUGUGAUAUGAAUUUUACACAGAAAUGCUUUUUGAUGGGUUCACUCCUAAUGGCGGUCGCCAUCAUUGUGGCCGUUGGUAUCGCAUUGCCGAAAGCAGACAAGUCAAGAAAGAGCGAAGCCGUAUGGGGCUACCAGUGCAAGAACGAUCGCUGCGUCAAAACGGCCAUCUCGGAGGAAUCAUACCCGGCGGCGAACGCCAUCAGCCUGCCAGCAUGUCGGCUGUUCUGCGGCGAAGGGGCGGGCCUCCUCUGGCCACAGCCAACCGGGCAGCUGGCGGUGGAGAACGAGCUCGCCCACAUCGACCCCGACCAGGUGUGGUUCCAGUGGGACGAAAAGCUGACCCAGCUCGUCGGUCUGUGGGAAGCGAACAGGGACCGCUUCCGCAGCCAGCUGAAAAAGCGUGCCCAGGGCCCGGCGCUCAAACCCGGCGGCAAGGCGGUGCGCAUCAAGCUGAACGUUACGGAUGACUCGCUCGCGCUAAACUACGAAACCGACGAAACUUACUCCCUAACCGUGGGGGCCGGCUCUAGCAAGGACGAGCUGCAGGCAACGAUCGAGGCGAAAACGUUCUUCGGUGCCCGGCACGUGGAAACGCUGUCCCAGCUGGUACUGUACGACGACAUCCGGAACGAGCUGCAGAUGGUAGCCCGGGCCCGGGUGUCCGAUGCACCGGCCUUCCCGCACCGUGGCCUCGCCCUGGACACGUCGCGCAACUUCAUCGAUCUCGAGUCGCUGCGCCGCACGCUCGACGGCAUGGCGAUGGUGAAGCUGAACGUGUUCCACUGGCACAUCACGGACUCGCAGAGCUUCCCGCUAGUGGUCAAAUCGCGCCCCACCCUGCACACCUACGGGGCGUACAGCCGGCGGGACGUGUACACGGCGGACGACGUCCAGCGGCUGGUGCAGUACGCGCUCGAGCGCGGCAUCCGCAUCGUGCCCGAGCUGGAUGCACCGGCCCACGUCGGCGAGGGCUGGGAGAAGCUGGGCGUGACGGCCUGCUUUAACUACCAGCCGUGGGAGAACUACUGCGUGGAGCCACCGUGCGGCCAGCUCGAUCCGACCAAGGACGCGGUGUACGACAUCCUGGAGGAUGUGUACCGGGAGAUGAACGCCAUGUUUAACCGGUCGGACCUGUUCCACAUGGGCGGGGACGAGGUGUCGGUGCGGUGCUGGAACGCAACCGGCAGCAUCCAGCGCUGGAUGGGCGAGCAGGAAUGGGGCCUGCAGGAGGGCGACUUCAUGAAGCUGUGGAACUACUUCCAAACCGAGGCACUACGCCGGCUGGACAAAACGCUCCCGGUGGCGGAGGGUGGUAAGCCGCGCCCGAUCGUGAUGUGGACGAGCAAGCUGACCGAGUCGCCCUACCUCGAGCAGUACCUGGACAAGGACCGGUACAUCGUGCAGGUGUGGACGACGGGCAACGACAGCAAGGUGGCCAAUCUGCUGCAGAAGGGCUACCGGUUGAUCAUGUCCAACUACGACGCGCUCUACCUGGACUGUGGCUUUGCCGGCUGGGUGACGGACGGUAGCAACUGGUGCGCACCGUACAUCGGCUGGCAGAAGGUGUACAACAACGAUCUGAUGGCGAUCGGUGGCCCGUACGCGCAGCAGAUACUGGGCGGCGAGGCCGCCCUCUGGACGGAGCAGUCCGACACGCACACGCUGGACAACCGUCUGUGGCCCCGGCUGAGCGCGCACGCCGAGCGGCUGUGGAGCAAUCCGCGGGCCGGCUGGCAGAUGGCCGAGGCGCGCAUGCUCCUUCACCGCGAGCGGCUUAUCGAGGAGGGCAUUGCGGCCAACAGCAUUCAACCGAAAUGGUGCCUACAGAACGAAGCCAACUGUCCGAUCGGGGGCGAUGGUGGGCGUUCGUAAAAAGAUGAUGGAAACAAAACAAAACAAAACCGCAAAAGUAGAAACAUUAAGCUCGGGGUGUACAUUGAGGUGGCAGAUUUGGUUCUUCCCCCUGUUGUUUUGUUUGCCCUCCAUGACACCAUAAAAUUCCAAAUUCAUUCUGCUUCCCAAUUGGCUUCCGGUCGUUUGCUAACGUUACUUUCGUUGAAGUUUGAAAUUGUUAAAAAGAAGAGUGAAAAAUCCGACAGAAGCGAACAAAUUUGAGUAUAUAUAUAAAUAAAUGAUACUUGUUUAUUGUGUUUA